AUGGAUGUUCGUUCCUCUUACAAAGAAAAGGUGGAAGCUCUUCGAUCUAAGUUGGAACUUAUGCGAAAAGAGAACGAAACCCUUAGAUAUAUGCUUGAAGGUAUGAGCAAGAACUUCAGCAUUCUUCAAGCAAAACUUCGAGAAACCAAAGAAGAUGAAAUAAAGGCACGCAACUUAAUGGAGGGUGAUCAAGCAUAUCAUGAAAUCCUUGACUCUAACAAGAGAGCAAGACUAGAAGUUCCCAUAGCCAAGCCAUCACGAAUCUUCGUGAGAAGUGCCGACCCAAAGGACAAGAGCCUAAUUGUGAAAGACGGAUAUCAAUGGAGGAAAUACGGCCAGAAGGUCACUAAAGAUAACCCAUCACCUAGAGCUUACUUCAGGUGUUCCAUGGCUCCUAAUUGCCCUGUCAAAAAGAAGGUUCAAAGAUGUGUAGAAGAUCAUUCAAUAAUUGUUGCAAAUUAUGAAGGAGAACACAACCACGAACCCAAUGGUUCACUUGGGCAAUAUUCAAGUUCUCCAAAGAGCUCCUCAUCAAAAAGCUCCAUAGUUGAUAAUUAUGUUCCUAACUGUCCAACUGAAGUUACUCCUUUUCAACCACCUGUAGCUCUUGAUCUUACUCUUUCAAGUCCCAAUAACCAACAGAAGGAAAACCCUUCUCCAAGGCUUAUGGAAGACAGCAAGAAGAUUAAUAACUACAGCAAGAACAAUAUUAUGGAAGAAUAUGUGGCAUCUUUGACUAAAGAUCCUGGCUUCUCAGUAGCUUUGGCUGCUGCUGUUGCACGGUCCAUGAGUGACCCUAUCUACACCAAGAAUGCUAUGAAAUGA